AUGGCUUCAAAGUCUGCUUUUAUAACUGUUUGUCUCUUCAUUGUGUUCAUGUUGGUGUGCUUCACUGAUGCUCGAAGAGGUGCACCACGCAAGAUUUUCAAUGUGAUGGAUUAUGAUGCAGUUGCUGAUGGAAAAUCUGAUAACAGUGAGGCUUUUCAGAAAGCAUGGAAUGUUGCAUGCCAAUAUUAUGGGAGGAGUGUGGUUUUGAUCCCUUGGGGCACGUACACGUUGAAUACGGUGUUGUUUAAGGGACCAUGCAAGGGUGCCAUGGCAUUUCUGGUUAAAGGGGUUCUUAAGGCUCCUACUGAUCCUGCGUUGUUCUCUACUAACACUUGGAUUGGCUUUCGGUACCUCGACGGAUUGGUGGUGAAAGGUGGUGGUUCUUUGGAUGGCCAAGGAGUUUCUGCUUGGCCUUACAAUGAUUGCUUCACAAACCCCGAGUGCAAGCCUCUUCCUGUUUCAAUGAGGUUCGAUUUCAUCAACAAUUCAAGAAUACAUCACUUGAAAUCAGUCAACAGCAAAAACGCCCAUAUCAACCUCUUUGCAUGCAACAACAUGAAUAUCAGUCACAUUAGACUAACUGCCCCAGGCAACAGCCCCAACACCGAUGGAAUCCAUAUAGGCGCCUCAAGUGAUAUCAAGAUUUCACGGACACUCAUCAGCACUGGCGACGACUGCAUUUCCAUGGUCUCAGGAAGCCAAAACAUAGAUAUCUCCGAUGUUCAAUGUGGCCCAGGGCAUGGCAUCAGCGUCGGAAGCCUUGGAAGGUCCCAUGAAAAAGAAUUUGUGAAGGGAUUAACCAUAAGAAACUGCACUUUUAGUGGUACCCAAAAUGGGUUGAGGAUCAAAACCUGGGCACCUUCUUUGGCCAGCAGUGCUGGAGAUUUUACAUUUGAAAAUAUAGUCAUGCGGAAUGUCUUCAAUCCUAUCAUUAUUGAUCAACAAUAUUGUCCUGUACCUCCUUGCACUAACCAGGCUCAAUCGCAAGUUCAGAUCAGCAAUGUUACCUUCAGAAAUAUUUGGGGUACAUCAAGUUCGAGAGUUGCAGUCACUAUGAAAUGUAGUGAAAUGGUGCCUUGUCGGAAUAUUAAGCUUAUGAACAUCAACUUGGCAUACAAUGGCUCUGAUGGACCGAUAACGUCGUCGUGUUUCAAUGUCAAUGGUGGGUCUUAUGGCAAACAGUUGCCUUCGGGUUGUGUAUAG